AUCUCUUACUCCCUGCAGUUAAGUGACUCAUUCACCCGCCUCCCUGCUCAGGUGACAACGACAGCGGUAGGAGGGUUCAGGAGGAAUAUACCGUUUACCCUUGUAUGCUGUGCACCUAACAAUUCCAGAGAUGGAUCCUGGAGAUGAAGGAGAUGGAGGGGGAGUUCUUGAAACAGUGGGGGCUGUAGCAGAGGUGGAUGCAGUCAUACGCUAUGUGAAACGAGUAGCUUCUGUUAUGCUGGAAGAUGAUGAUGAAGCAUCCUCUGAGCUUCAAGCUGCUCUCAACGCUCCACAGUAUCAAGAUGUUGUUCGAAAAUUUGUUGCAGACCCACAAGCAAAGUCACUUCUCGUCCAGAGAUCUGCCACCAAAGAAGAAACUGAAGAAGGCAGUGAGAUGGAAGAAGAAAAAGAUGUGGUGUUUCAUUUAUCAACUGGAGUACAUUUCUCCUCAAUAAAGAUGAACAGUAUCCUUUGUAUCAAGCGUGGUGGAGUGAUUGAAGCAGACAAAUCCAUAUCGUCCCAGAUACGAACCUUAAACCUGAGUGAUGGCUCUCCAUAUGAAACACUCCAUGCAAUUGUAGCAAAUGCUGUUGCUCCUUAUUUCAAAUCCUUUGUUAAAGAGUCCGGCAAAAUUGAAAGGGAUGGAGACAAGAUGGCACCAUCAGUUGAGAAAAAGAUUGCAGAGCUAGAAAUGGGUCUCCUGCACUUACAACAGAACAUUGAUAUUCCAGAUAUAUCUUUGCCCAUCCAUCCAACUGUUGCACAAGUUAUCAAGAAGUGUGCUGAUGAAGGAACACGUCCUAAAGUUGCUGACUUUGGUGAUAGAGUUGAAGAUUCAAAUUUCCUCAACCAGCUCCAAAAUGGAGUGGCUCGGUGGAUCAGGGAGAUACAGAAGGUAACAAAAUUGGAUAGAGACCCAUCAAGUGGCACAGCCUUACAAGAAAUCAGUUUCUGGCUCAACCUGGAGCGGGCCCUCCUCAAGAUACAAGAUAAGAGAGAGAGUUUAGAGGUGGCUCUCACUCUGGAUGUAUUGAAACAUGGAAAACGUUUCCAUGCCACCGUUUCUUUUGAUACUGAUACAGGUUUGAAGCAAGCUUUAGCAACAGUUAAUGAUUAUGCACCACUCAUGAAGGAUUUCCCAUUGAAUGACCUUUUGGCAGCAACUGAGCUGGAGAAAAUCCGCUCGGCUGUACAAGCCAUCUUUAACCACCUACGGAAGAUCAGAUCCACAAAGUAUCCUAUUCAGAGAGCCUUAAGACUGGUAGAGGCUAUAUCAAGAGAUUUGUCAUCCCAAAUCUUAAAAGUUUUGGGAACUCGCCGCCUCAUGCACAUUGCAUUUGAUGAGUUUGAAAAGGUGAUGAGCCAGUGCUUUGAUGUUUUUAUUACUUGGGAUGAUGAGUAUGAGAAACUUCAGGGCCUUCUACGGGAUAUUGUGAAGAAAAAGCGAGAUGAACAACUCAAGAUGGUGUGGCGUGUAUCUCCUGCUCAUAAGAAGUUGCAGUUACGCAUGGAACAGAUGCGCAAGUUCCGACGUCAGCAUGAGCAGCUGCGAACUGUUAUUGUUAGAGUUCUUCGUCCUACUGUAGUAAAGACAACAACUUUGGCAGAUGGUGACACUGCAGAACUCAAACCAGAGAUGGAUGCUGCUGAUUUGAAUGCUAUUGAAGAGGUGAAUCUAGCUUAUGAAAAUGUGAAAGAAGUUGAUGGACUGGAUAUAAGCAAAGAGGGCACAGAAAUGUGGGAAGCAGCUCUGAAGCGUUAUGAUGAGAGGAUUGACCGUGUGGAGACACGCAUAACAGCUCGUCUCAGAGACCAAUUGGGUACAGCAAAGAAUGCCAACGAGAUGUUUCGCAUAUUUUCUCGCUUCAACGCCUUGUUUGUGCGCCCUCACAUUCGAGGGGCCAUCAGAGAAUAUCAAACACAGCUCAUUCAGCGAGUGAAGGAUGAUAUUGAGAGUCUACAUGAAAAAUUUAAGGUCCAGUAUCCUCAAAGCAAGUCAUGUAGAAUGAGUCAUGUUCGAGACAUACCUCCUGUGUCAGGUUCCAUUAUAUGGGCCAAGCAAAUUGAUCGACAGCUUACUGCUUACAUGAGGCGAGUUGAGGAUGUCUUGGGUAAAGGCUGGGAGAGUCACGUUGAAGGACAGAAACUCAAGGGAGAUGGAGACUCCUUUAGGCUCAAACUGAACACUCAAGACAUUUUUGAUGACUGGGCAAGAAAGGUUCAGCAACGUAACUUAGGUGUGUCUGGCCGCAUCUUUGCAAUUGAAAUGCAUCGCUCAAAGACUGGCAAAGGAAAUGAAUGCAAAUUGAAAGUAAAUUUCCUGCCUGAGAUCAUCACUCUUUCUAAGGAGGUGCGGAACCUGAAAAACCUUGGCUUCAGAGUGCCCCUAGCUAUUGUCAACAAGGCACAUCAAGCCAACCAGCUGUAUCCGUUUGCAAUCUCCCUCAUAGAGAGCGUCCGCACCUACGAGAGAACUCUGGAGAAGCUGUUGUCGCGGGGUGGACCACACAGCCCUGCCAUCAAAGCGUCCUUGUUGAUGGAAGACAAGACCAACAUUUUGCUGCUUGUAGCUGGAAUGCGGAAGGAAGUUCAGGGGCUUGUUUCAGAGGGUAUGUCAUUGGUCUGGGAGUCUUACAAACUAGAUCCAUAUGUGCAACGUCUUGCUGAGUGUGUCUUCAGCUUCCAAGAGAAGGUGGAUGACUUGUUAGUGCUGGAAGAGCAGCUGGAUAUUGAUGUGAGGUCCCUUGAUACAUGCCAGUAUGCACAUUUCACUUUUGCUGAGAUUCUCAACAAGAUCCAGAAGGCCGUAGAUGACCUGUCUCUCCACCAGUACUCAAACCUUCACAUUUGGGUACAACGACUAGAUGAACAGGUUGAGAAGAAAUUGGCUGGGCGACUUCAGGCUGGUAUGCAGGCAUGGACUGCAGCACUGCAGGGACAGAGGCAAAAGGAUGAGGAUAUUGACAUUCCUAUGGAUACUGACACACCAGACAAACCAACUCACAAGCCAGGAGGAGAUCCAAAGAUUACUCAAGUUGUGCAAGAAGUUCGUAUCACCAACCAGACCAUGUAUAUGCAUCCGACUAUUGAAGAAGCUCGUUAUCAAAUCAUGCAGCAGUUCUUCAGCUGGCAGGCAAUUGUGACUAGCCAAAAUCGUAUCCAGAGUACACGUUACCAGGUUGGCUUAGAUCGCCCAACUGCUCAGGUGUACAGGAAUUUACUUAUUAAAUUGCCUGAUGAACACGUGUACAUUAAGGCUGCCUAUCAUGCUGUAGACAUGGUUGUAUUUGAAGUGACCAACUAUGUGAAGGAAUGGCUUCAGUAUCAAGCUCUCUGGGACUUGCAGCCUGAUCACCUAUAUGGACAGUUGGGAGAUGAUGUUUCUAAAUGGAUGAAGCUGUUGCAAGACAUCAAACAGUGCCGAACAACCUUUGAUACUUCAGAUACAAGACGCAGCUUUGGCCCCAUUGUUGUUGAUUACACAAAGGUUCAGAGCAAAGUGUCUCUUAAGUAUGAUUCAUGGCAUAAAGAUGUCCUUAGCAAAUUUGGUCAACUUCUUGGCCAAGAGAUGACACACUUCCAUGCACAGGUGUCGAAGAGUAGGAGUGAAUUAGAACAACAGAGUAUUGAUGCUGCAAGUACUUCUGAUGCUGUAACACUCAUCACAUAUGUACAAUCAUUGAAACGCAAGAUGAAAUCCUGGGAGAAACACGUUGACAUGUACAAAGAGGGUCAGCGCAUUUUGGAGCGCCAGAGGUUCCAGUUCCCUAAUCAGUGGCUUCAUGUUGAUAACAUUGAAGGUGAAUGGGGUGCCUUUAAUGAGAUCAUUCGACGUAAAGAUUCGAGCAUCCAGACACAGGUGGCAUCUUUGCAACUUAAGAUUGUUGCCGAGGACAAAGCUGUGGAAUCACGAACCAAUGAUUUCCUCCAAGAUUGGGAGCAUGGAAAACCAGUGGAAGGACACUUGCGUCCAGAUGAAGCUCUGCAACGUCUCAUACUGUAUGAGAGCAAGUUUACACGUCUGAAGGAUGAUCGUGAUAAUGUUGCUAAGGCAAAGGAAGCCCUUGAACUACAGGAGCCAGGUGCCCUCAAUACAUCGGAAGACCGAAUGACUGUGGCAUUUGAGGAACUCCAAGAUCUAAAGGGAGUUUGGGCUGAGCUGGCCAAGAUCUGGGAGCAGAUUGAUGAAAUGAAGGAGAAGCCCUGGCUGUCUGUACAGCCUCGUAAGCUUCGAGCCCAGCUGGAUCACCUUCUUACCCAGUUGAAAGACCUGCCUGCUCGACUGCGUCAGUAUUCGAGCUAUGAGUUUGUGAAGAGACUUCUGCAGGGUUACACCAAGGUUAAUAUGACCAUUGUUGAAUUGAAGAGCGAUGCCCUCAAGGAACGGCAUUGGAAGACAUUGAUGAGACAGCUACAUGUCAACUGGGUGUUGAGUGAUCUAACCUUAGGUCAGGUGUGGGAUAUUGACCUGGUGAAGAAUGAGGCUGUCAUAAAGAAUGUCAUCAUCACUGCUCAAGGAGAAAUGGCUCUGGAAGAGUUCCUGAAACAAGUACGAGAAUCUUGGCAGAGCUACGAACUAGACCUCAUCAACUACCAGAACAAGUGUAAAUUGAUUCGUGGCUGGGAUGAUCUCUUCAACAAAGUUAAGGAGCACAUUAAUUCUGUUGCAGCCAUGAAACUGUCUCCAUACUACAGAGAGUUUGAAGAGGAAGCACUCACAUGGGAAGAGAAGCUGAACCGCAUCAAUGCUGUAUUUGAUGUAUGGAUUGAUGUCCAGCGACGAUGGGUGUAUCUAGAAGGAAUUUUCUCUGGCUCUUCAGACAUUAAAGCCCUUUUGCCAGUUGAGACUUCACGUUUUGGCAGCAUUAGCACAGAAUUUCUGAACCUGAUGAAAAAAGUGAGCAAAUCUCCAAUGGUCAUGGAUGUGCUGAACAUUCAAGGUGUCCAGCGUUCCUUGGAGCGCUUGGCUGACCUCUUGGGCAAGAUCCAAAAGGCUCUUGGCGAGUAUUUGGAACGAGAAAGAUCUUCAUUCCCAAGGUUCUACUUUGUGGGAGAUGAGGAUCUGCUGGAGAUAAUCGGCAACAGUAAGAACAUCCCACGGCUGCAGAAGCACUUCAAGAAAAUGUUUGCAGGUGUCACUGCUAUUAGUCUUGAUGAAAGUGAAACUGUUGUCACUGGUAUUGCUUCUCGGGAAGGUGAAGUGGUACCGUUCAACAAAGUGGUGUCAACUGUGAACUAUCCAAAGAUUAAUGAGUGGCUCAAGCAAGUAGAAAAUGAGAUGAGGAUGACACUUGCACAGAAUUUAGCAUCUGCUGUCGCAGAUAUCAAGCAGUUUAAACAUGGUCCUGUUGACACUGGAAGCUACCUUCAGUGGUGUGACAAAUACCAGGCACAGCUUGUUGUAUUGGCUGCACAGAUCUCUUGGAGUGAAGAGGUGGAAGCUGGACUGUGUGCAGCUGCCAAUGGUGACAUGAUUCCGAUGCAACAAACCCUUGUUCAGGUGGAAGCAACUCUGAAUGUAUUGGCUGAUUCUGUUCUCCAGGAACAGCCUCUUCUGCGCCGCAAGAAGUUAGAACACCUGAUCAGUGAAUUUGUUCACAAGAGAACAGUGACGAGAAACCUUAUCAAGAACAGGGUGGUGAAUCCAAAGUCAUUUGACUGGCUUUGUCAGAUGCGUUUCUACUUUGACCCCAAGCAGAAUGAUCCACUGAAGCAAUUGAGCAUUCACAUGGCCAAUGCCAAGUUCAACUAUGGAUUUGAGUAUCUUGGUGUGCAGGACAAACUUGUUCAGACCCCAUUGACAGACCGAUGCUAUCUCACCAUGACACAAGCUCUUGAAGCACGCUUAGGAGGGUCACCCUUUGGACCGGCUGGUACUGGUAAAACAGAGUCAGUCAAGGCACUGGGUAACCAGUUGGGUCGCUUUGUGUUAGUCUUCAACUGUGAUGAGACCUUUGACUUCCAAGCAAUGGGCCGUAUCUUUGUUGGACUCUGCCAGGUUGGGGCGUGGGGAUGCUUUGAUGAGUUCAACCGUCUGGAAGAGAGGAUGUUGUCAGCUGUGUCUCAGCAAGUACAGACUAUACAGGAAGCACUGAAAGAGAAAGCUGGAGAAAAGACUGGUACUCAAGUCUUCACUGUAGAAUUGGUGGGCAAGCAGGUGAAGGUUUCAACAGAUAUGGCCAUCUUCAUCACCAUGAAUCCUGGUUACGCUGGCCGGUCUAAUCUUCCAGAUAACCUCAAGAAGCUAUUCCGUUCCCUUGCUAUGACCACACCUGACAGACAGCUUAUUGCUGAGGUCAUGCUCUUCAGUCAAGGCUUCAGAUCAGCUGAAAAGCUUGCCAGCAAAAUUGUUCCCUUCUUCAAACUUUGUGAUGAGCAGUUAUCCAAUCAGUCUCAUUAUGACUUUGGUUUACGAGCCUUGAAGUCAGUCCUAGUGUCUGCCGGCAAUGUCAAACGUGAUCGCAUCCAGCGCAUCAAGGAAGAUCUAAGGAGUAGAGAAGAUGCCAUCAUAGAUGAAGGAACCAUUGCUGAGAAUCUUCCUGAGCAAGAGAUUCUGAUACAGAGUGUAUGUGAAACCAUGGUGCCCAAACUUGUAGCAGAGGACAUUCCUCUGCUCUUCUCUCUGCUCUCUGAUGUAUUCCCAGGCAUCGAGUACACACGUGCCCAAAUGACGGGACUGAAAGAAGAGAUCAGAAAGGUGUGUGCAGAGCAGUUCCUGGUGUGUGGAGAGGGAGAAGAACAAGGAGCUCAUUGGAUGGAGAAGGGGAGUUACCCUGGGGAGGGCUGGUGUGAGAAGGUGCUUCAGUUGUACCAGAUAAGCAACUUGAACCAUGGCUUGAUGAUGGUGGGCCCAAGUGGCUCAGGAAAGUCUACUGCUUGGCGUGUCCUUCUCAGAGCCCUUGAACGCUUUGAGGGAACAGAAGGUGUGGCUCAUGUUAUAGACCCUAAGGCAAUGAGCAAAGAAGCUCUGUAUGGUGUCCUUGAUCCCAACACUCGAGAAUGGACAGAUGGUCUCUUUACCCAUAUUCUAAGGAAAAUUAUUGACAAUGUACGUGGAGAGAUCAACAAGCGGCAGUGGAUAAUCUUCGAUGGGGAUGUUGACCCAGAGUGGGUAGAGAACCUGAACUCUGUACUGGAUGACAACAAACUACUCACACUACCUAAUGGAGAACGAUUGUCAAUUCCACCAAAUGUCCGCAUCAUGUUUGAGGUACAAGAUCUCAAGUACGCAACACUAGCGACUGUGUCUCGUUGUGGCAUGGUGUGGUUCUCUGAGGAUGUGCUGUCAGUGGAGAUGAUCUUUGAAAACUUCAUGCUUCGCCUUUCCAACAUUCCUGUAGAGGAGACAGAAGAAGAUGCCGCCUUUAUAAAGAAAACUGAAAAGAAGAAAGAUGAUGAUAUUACCCCAACACUACAGGUUCAGCGGGAUGUGACUGCUAUCCUAUCACCACACUUAACACCUGAUGGUUUGGUUGUAAAAUGUCUAGAGUAUGCCAACAACAACUUGGAGCACAUCAUGGACUUCACUCGUAUGCGUGCCCUCUCUUCACUUUUUGCUCUUUUGAAUCAAGCCGUCAGGAAUGUCGUGCAGUACAAUAAUACCCAUCCAGACUUUCCUAUGCAGGCAGAUCAACUUGAAAGGUAUAUUCCAAAGUGUUUGAUACAUUCACUUCUCUGGAGCUUUGCUGGAGAUGGCAAAUUAAAGGCACGUAGUGAUAUGGGUGACUUUAUUCGUGACUGUACCACUAUACCUCUACCACCCAACACCAACACACCUAUUAUUGACUAUGAGGUAGCCAUUAGUGGAGAAUGGAUGUUGUGGUCCACUAAAGUUCCCAGCAUGGAAGUAGAAACACACAAGGUAGCUGCACCAGAUGUAGUGGUGCCCACAGUUGACACAGUGCGCCACGAAGCCCUUCUUUACACGUGGCUUGCUGAACAUAAGCCAUUAGUUCUCUGUGGUCCUCCUGGGUCAGGUAAAACUAUGACCCUUUUCUCUGCCCUGAGAGCAUUGCCCGACUUGGAAGUUGUUGGCCUCAACUUCUCCAGUGCAACUUCCCCAGAACUGCUGCUCAAGACAUUUGACCACUACUGUGAAUACCGUAAAACACCAAAUGGUAUAAUUUUAUCACCAGUUCAGUUGGGCAAGUGGCUCGUUGUGUUCUGUGAUGAGAUUAACUUGCCAGACAUGGACAAGUAUGGCACCCAGCGAGUCAUUAGCUUCCUCCGACAGAUGGUGGAACAUGGUGGAUUUUAUCGAGUGUCAGACCAAGCAUGGGUGAAACUAGAACGUAUCCAGUUUGUUGGUGCUUGCAAUCCUCCAACUGACCCUGGUCGAAAGCCCUUGUCUUACCGCUUCUUACGUCAUGUUCCUGUUGUGUAUGUGGACUAUCCUGGAGAGACUUCUCUGAAACAGAUCUAUGGCACUUUCAACAGGGCUAUGCUGCGAAUCAUUCCAUCCCUCAGGUCAUAUGCAGAUCCACUGACAAAUGCUAUGGUAGAGUUUUACCUGCAAUCCCAAGAGCGGUUUACUCAAGAUAUGCAACCUCACUAUGUUUACUCUCCACGAGAGAUGACUCGUUGGGUUCGAGGAAUUUGUGAGGCAAUAAGACCACUUGAGACACUGGAUGUUGAGGGUCUAGUGAGACUGUGGGCUCAUGAAGCACUGCGCCUCUUCCAUGACCGUUUGGUCACAGAUGAAGAACGCAAAUGGACCAAUGAGAAUGUUGAUGCCAUUGCACUAAAGCAUUUCCCGAACAUUGAUCGUGACAGAGCAAUGCACCGCCCCAUCCUAUACUCCAACUGGUUAUCCAAAGAUUAUCUUCCUGUCGAUCAGGAGGAACUCAGGGACUAUGUCAAGGCCAGGCUGAAGGUAUUCUAUGAAGAGGAAUUGGAUGUGCCUUUGGUACUGUUCAAUGAGGUGUUGGAUCAUGUACUUCGUAUUGAUCGUAUCUUCCGCCAACCACAGGGCCACUUGUUACUCAUUGGAGCUUCAGGUGCUGGCAAAACCACACUAUCACGCUUUGUUGCUUGGAUGAAUGGACUGUCAAUCUUCCAGAUCAAGGUUCACAACAAAUACACACCAGAAGAUUUUGAUGAGGAUUUGAGGGCUGUUCUGCGGCGCUCUGGCUGUAAGGAUGAGAAGAUUUGCUUUAUUCUUGAUGAAUCGAAUGUACUCGACUCCUCCUUCCUGGAACGCAUGAACACACUCUUAGCCAAUGGAGAAGUGCCAGGAUUAUUUGAGGGUGAUGAAUACACAACACUUAUGACACAAUGUAAAGAAGGAAGUCAGCGAGAAGGCCUAAUGCUUGACUCGAGUGAAGAGCUUUACAAAUGGUUCACUGGACAAGUUAUGCGGAAUCUUCAUGUUGUAUUCACUAUGAACCCAUCCACAGAUGGACUAAAGGACCGAGCUGCUACUUCCCCAGCCUUGUUCAACAGGUGUGUACUCAACUGGUUUGGAGAUUGGUCUAAUGGUGCCUUGUUCCAAGUUGGCAAGGAAUUCACUAAUCGUAUUGACCUGGGGAAGAUGAAUUGGACCCCUCCAGACUAUUUCCCUGUUGCCUAUGAAAGUCUACCUGUACCUCCAUCUCACCGUGAUGCCAUCAUCAAUGCCUUUGUGCAUGUACAUCAGACACUCCACCGAGCAAAUACUCGUUUGGCCAAGAGAGGAAGCACAGUGAUGGCUAUUACUCCAAGACACUAUCUAGACUUCAUUAACCACUUUGUAAAGCUGUAUAAUGAGAAGAGAUCUGAACUUGAAGAGCAACAGCUUCAUCUGAAUGUUGGUUUAGGCAAAAUAGCCGAGACAGUUGAACAGGUGGAACAAAUGCAAAAAUCUUUGGCCAUCAAAAAUCAGGAACUUCAAGCUAAAAAUGAAGCAGCCAAUUUGAAGUUGAAGCAGAUGGUCAAAGACCAGCAAGAAGCAGAAAAACAGAAAGUUGCCAGUCAAGAACUUCAAGAACAGCUUGAAGCCCAAACAGAAGGCAUCAGUAUCAAACGUGAAGAGGUCAUGAAAGAUCUGAGUAAGGUGGAACCUGCUGUGCAAGAUGCUCAGAAUGCUGUCAAGAGUAUCAAGAAGCAACAUUUGGUUGAAGUUCGAUCAAUGGCUAAUCCUCCACCAAUGGUUAAGUUAGCUCUGGAGUCCAUCUGUCUUCUUCUUGGUGAAGCUACUUCAGACUGGAAGACAAUCAAGUCAAUUAUUAUGAAAGAUAACUUUAUUAAUACUGUUGUUAAUUUCAACACUGAUGACUUGAUGGAUGAUAUUAGAGAAAAGAUGAAGCAUAGGUACCUAAGUAAUCCAGACUACAACUUUGAAAAAGUCAAUCGUGCCUCUUUGGCUUGUGGCCCAAUGGUGAAGUGGGCCAUAGCUCAAAUAGAAUUUGCUGACAUGCUGAAGAGGGUGGAGCCUUUAAGAAAUGAGUUGCGUAGCUUAGAAAAUAUGGCAGACGAGAACAAGAAAAAGCAUGAAGACGUGAAAACACUCAUCGAUCGCCUUGAGCGCUCCAUUGCUGCCUAUAAGGAUGAGUAUGCUGUACUCAUUUCUCAAGCCCAAGCCAUCAAAACAGAUCUUGAGAAUGUACAGGCCAAGGUUGACCGUUCCAUGGCUCUUAUAAGAAAUCUUAGUAUUGAGAAGGAUCGCUGGGCUGCAACAUCAGAUACAUUCAAGUUCCAAAUGUCAACAAUUAUUGGUGAUGUGUUAUUAUCAUCUGCAUUCCUAGCUUAUGGUGGAUACUUUGACCAGCAGUUCCGUGAGAACCUUUUCACAAAUUGGUGUCAUCAUCUCCAACAAGCAAGUAUCCAAUUCCGUGGAGAUAUUGCUCGAACUGAGUAUUUGUCGAAUCCAGACGAGAGACUGAGAUGGCAGGCAAAUGCCCUUCCAGCAGAUGAACUCUGUACAGAGAAUGCCAUUAUGCUAAACAGAUUCAAUAGGUACCCACUGAUCAUUGAUCCAUCUGGUCAGGCCACAGAGUUCAUCAUGAAUGAGUUCAAGGACAAGAAAAUUACUAGAACCAGCUUCCUGGAUGACUCCUUCAGAAAGAAUCUCGAAUCUGCUCUCCGAUUUGGUAAUCCACUUUUGGUUCAAGAUGUUGAAAAUUAUGAUCCAAUUCUCAACCCUGUACUAAAUCGCGAACUUCGCAGGACUGGAGGACGCGUACUCAUAACUCUGGGAGACCAGGAUAUUGAUUUAUCCCCGGCAUUUACCAUCUUCCUGUCCACUCGUGACCCAACUGUGGAGUUCCCGCCUGACAUUUGCUCGCGUGUCACAUUUGUUAAUUUCACUGUGACAAGAUCAUCACUUCAGUCUCAGUGCUUGAACCAAGUUCUGAAGGCAGAACGUCCGGAUAUUGAUGACAAGAGGUCCAAUUUGCUCAAACUGCAGGGUGAGUUCCAACUUCGCUUAAGGCAAUUGGAGAAAAACCUGUUGCAAGUACUAAAUGAUGCUAAGGGCCAGAUUUUGGAUGAUGAUUCUGUAAUCACAACUCUGGAGACUCUCAAGAAGGAAGCAGCUGACAUUUCAUUGAAAGUGCAAGAAACAGACAAGACUAUGCAUGAGAUUGAAAUGGUAUCUCAGCAGUAUCUGCCACUGUCUUCGGCAUGUUCAAGUAUCUAUUUCACAUUGGAUGCUCUCCAUCAAGUUCACUUCUUGUACCAGUACUCCUUGCACUUCUUCCUUGAUGUGUUCACUGAUGUUCUUUCCAACAAUCCAAACAUCAAGGACCAAACUGAUUAUGCACGCAGAUUGUCAAUCAUAACCAAUGAUCUCUUCCGGCUGACAUAUAUGCGUGUAGCACGUGGUAUGCUGCACACUGACCAGAUUGUCUUUGCUGUAUUGUUGGCUCGCAUCCGUCUCCGUGGUGUCACAUCUGAGAGUUCAUAUGACUCUGAGUUCCAAUUCCUGUUGAAGAGUAAAGAGGGUCUCUUGAACUCGACCAUAUCUGCAAUGGCCGGCCUUACACCAGAACAAACAGAUUCCAUGUUGAGGCUGAGUAACAAAGUACAUGCUUUUGGCAAUGUGGAUCGAUUUGUGGGUAACAAGGACUUCCAAGGUUGGCUUGAAUCUGAUUCUCCUGAAGUAAAUGUUCCAAACGUCUGGGAGACAGAGAAACAGCUCACACCAGUUGGUCAGUCCGUAUACCAAGUGUUGGCUAUCCAGGCAUUCAGACCUGAUGGGUUAUGUGCUGCAAUUAGUGUCUUUGUAAACAAUGUUCUGGGUGAUGGUUUCUUAGCCAUUGGUGAACGUGAAGUUGACAUGGCAGGAGUUGUUGAGAAUGAAGUUAAGGCCAGUACUCCAGUACUCAUGUGUGCUGUCCAGGGCUUUGAUGCCUCUGCUAGAAUUGAUGACUUGGCUGCUGAGCUGAAUAAACCAAUCACAGCCAUAGCAAUAGGAUCAGCUGAAGGCUUCAACCAAGCAGACAAAGCAAUUAAUUCUGCUGUUAAAAAUGGCAGGUGGGUGAUGCUUAAGAAUGUACAUCUGGCUCCUGCUUGGCUUGUGCAAUUGGAGAAGAAAUUGCAUUCACUUCACCCUCACCCACAGUUCCGUCUCUUCCUUACAAUGGAAAUAUCUCCACGUUUGCCUGUCAACCUCCUGCGUGCUGGUCGUGUGUUUGUCUUUGAGCCACCACCCGGUGUACGGGCUAAUUUGAUGCGAACCUUUAGUACAGUACCAGCAUCACGCAUGAUGCGUGCUCCCAGUGAACGAGCACGUCUGUACUUUAUCUUGGCCUGGUUCCAUGCCAUCACACAAGAACGUCUACGCUAUGCACCACUUGGUUGGGCCAAAUAUUAUGAGUUCAAUGAGUCGGACUUGAGGGUGGCAUGUGACACCCUUGACACUUGGAUUGAGGCAACAGCAAUGGGACGGACUAAUCUUCCACCAGAGAAAGUACCAUGGGAUGCCUUGGCCACUUUAAUGUCACAGUGCAUCUAUGGUGGCAAAAUUGAUAAUGAGUUUGACCAGAGACUCUUGACUUCAUUCCUCGCUAAACUGUUUACACCAAGGAGCUUUGACCCAGAUUUCCCACUUGUCUGCAAUGUUGAUGGUCAUGAAGGGCAGAAUAUCACCAUGCCGGAUGGGAUCAGAAGAGACCAGUUCCUACACUGGGUUGAAUCUCUCAGUGAUCGCCAGUCUCCAUCCUGGCUGGGACUGCCAAACAAUGCUGAGAAGGUCCUCCUCACCACCAAAGGUACUGACAUGCUCAGCAAAUUGUUAAAGAUGCAGGUACUGGAGGAUGAUGAUGAGUUAGCAUAUGGAGGAGAUGAAACACCUGGCACUGAGCGCAAAGAUGUGGAGGGUCGACCUUCUUGGAUGGUGACACUUCAACAGUCUGCUGUGACUUGGCUCUCCCACCUGCCUGAAUCGGUUAACACAUUACGUCGCACUUUAGAUAACAUCAAGGAUCCCUUGUAUCGUUACUUUGAACGCGAGGUCAAUUCUGGAGCCAAAUUACUUCGUAUUGUGAGGAGUGAUCUUUGUGACGUUAUUCUCAUAUGUAAGGGUGAGAAAAAGCAAACAAAUUACCACCGAACAAUGGUGAGUCAGCUGGUAAAGGGCAUCAUCCCUGACCAGUGGAAGGCUUACACAGUGCCACGUGGGGCAACCGUUAUUCAGUGGGUAACAGACUUUUCACAGAGAGUAAGACAACUUCAAGAGAUCUCUCAGCAGGUUGCACAGUUUGGUGCCACAGAACUCAAGAAUGUUACAGUUUGGCUUGGAGGGCUCUUCAAUCCAGAAGCUUACAUUACAGCUACUCGUCAGUGUGUUGCUCAGGCUAACUCCUGGUCAUUAGAGGAACUUAUGCUUGAUGUUUCAAUUGCCGAUUCAGAAGGCCAGGUUACCUCUCGUGGAGGAUUUAACGUCAAAGGUCUGAAGCUUCAGGGUGCUGUAUGUGUGGAAAAUUUCUUACAACUGACUCAAACAAUCAUGACUGAUCUAGCCAUGGUUACCCUUCAUUGGGUACAUGUUGAGGUCACUGAAAAUGACAAGAUAACUUUGCCUGUGUACCUCAAUGCCACCAGGACAGACAUUCUCUUCACUGUGGAUCUCAACAUGGCUGCUAACCAGAGUCCCCACAGCUUCUAUGAGAGAGGUGUAGCUCUUUUGGCAUCUAUCAAUCUUAACUAAAAUCCAUACGAAACCAAUAUACAGUAGGUAGGUUUUUCUUUGUUUGCACUGGGUUAACUGAAACCUAAAUUGAUUUUUAAUAAUUAUUAGUUUUAGUAUAAACUAUCAUGCACUUGUAAAGGCCAAAUAGGAUCUUUGAUGAUAGACUGCUACACCAAUCUAUUCUGAGGUAAUGUUUGAGGAUGAAAUGUAUCUAAAUACUGUAUAACCAUAAAUUAUUUUAAGUACAAUGGAAUGGUGGAAUGUUUGGAGGUUCCUUCUCACAACUAAAGAAUAAAACAAGAGUGAAGAAUUAAUGUAUAAUGAGAAUAAUUUUUUAUUUGUUUUAAUGUGAAUGAUAUGAUGAAACAAUCAAAAACUGUAUUGAUGUUUAUUAUAAAGGUAAAACCUGGGAAUGAAUAGUUUAGAAGCCACCAAUUUACACCACAAUGUAAUCUUACAUGUAAAUUUAUCUAUUUUUCCAUGUAAGUCAUCUCCUUUGAAGCUAUAUACAGUAUAUAAUUAUAAAAACGUCUUCACGUUCAUAAACACUGGGCAUUUCAAUAAACUUGGCAGCAUCCUUAUACGGUAUAAAAACAAUUAUCUAUGAUAACAUUGACUAAGUAUUUAAUAAAAAUCAAAAGGUAAAAGUUUGAUAAGAAACUCGGUGGAUUUUUUAGUAAUGUAUACAUAUAACACAUUUGAGAAUACAAAUACAGUAUAAAUAACCACACAAAUGCAAAUAUUUAAUUACUGGUAUUUCAGAUAAACUUUCCGAAAGAUUUGACUUUCACUUGAGUGUGUUAGUGUACCGAGCUUCACGUGAUUCAUAGAUGGACACUUCCAUGAAGGACCCAGUUAAUGAUGGCCAAGGCUCUGGGGAAGAUAUCACUCCCCCUCUUGUGGGUGGGACUUCUGGAAUCAUUUGGUGACAAACGUCAAUAAGGUAUUCCUCAACGGUUACUUUAGCCAUCACCCUGUUACCUUUAUGCUUCAUAACCAGAGCGAGUUGUUUAUUUGUUAACAUUUUAAUGCGGCGCCAUAGUCUCUCAUUCUCCUCAUUCACUAUUAUGGGCACAGCAGAGGAGUACAUAUUCUUUUGUUGAUGUGCACUAGCUGGACUAGCUCUUUCUCUUCACUAGUUUGGCCACUUUUCAUUUUCAAUCCUAAUCUAUUCAGAUUAUCCUGGAUCCCUAAGAGAGCAGCUUCUCAUUUUGCAAAACUAGUUGCCAACUCUUCAGUAACGCAUGAGCCUGCUGGUACUGGGUGUCAUGUUCUUUCCUUUCUGUCUGGUUCACCAACUUCAUUCUCGGAGAACACUCGCUCUUCAUCUUCAAGGGGCUGAUUUUGUGGCGAGAUUUAACAUUCACUAUGAGAGAGGAAGGUGGGUUCUCCUAAAGGUAUUUAGCAACAGGAUUUUCAAUAUAAAUACCACGCUUGAAGUGUAACAUGUUGAUUUUGAAAGGUGAGGAAGAUGGGGUCUUACCUUUAAUUGAGUCUGGGUGCUUCUUUCCUUGAGUGUAUUGCUUGAUUAGAUGGUCGUUUCAUUGUAAAUUUACCAGUUUUAUAGGGAGUUGCUCGGGGGUGGAAGACUGGAGUAUGGUGUAGGCCGUUUCUUAGUAUAUUAGAUGUUUUCUGUAUUGUUGGAGUGUGAGGUUGGGAUCUGGUAACUGACCGAGGCAAUUUUGGUGUAGUGGCUGGUGACUGGCCAGGUCUUGAAAUCUUCAGAAGCUUUGUUGAAGAUCCUGAGUUUACCAAACCAAAUCCAAUGGGAGGUUCUUAGGAAGGAGUCUUGCCAUUGGACCUAAUUACACUCGGCUGUUUUGAAGUAUAAAAUUUGAUCUUUGCUUAACCCGUUUUGUUGUUAUUUUGGAAGCCGAGGAAUUUGUCUUGUGGUGGACAUUAAUAAGUACUGUUUCCUUGGCCCUCGCAGCAAAAGAUUUAGGUAUGCUGUUCGGGGGAGUUGGAACUCCUCUGUAGUCCGGUUGACCUCUCGCCCCCAUACACCUGAUGUUCAGGUUGUUGGCAGACAUGAUAUUCCCCUAAUAAACUUAUUAUAUUACUAUUGUGUGUAUAUUAUUGUAAAUAAAUAUCCUGAGUACCUAUUUGGCCUUCACAAGUGGAUAGAGAAGUAGGACUAGAGUCAUACCAAUACGUAGUCUAUGUGAUCAGAAUGUAUAGAGCACUAUCAGGUCUGUAUUUUGCCAUACAAUUAUUUAAAAUGUAUUAUUCCCAGUUGCUGUAAGUCAUUUUAAAUAAAUUUCAUUCCAUUA